AUAUCUAGUAUUAGGUAGAACCCUAGCUAUCGUACAGAAGCGGGGUCUCUGCCCUUGCGAUCCCCUUUGUAUCCUCAUGAACCGAACCAAUUUCAAAAUUUCAGAGAGUAAAUCGAGUGGUAUUUCGAACAUCAAUUGAUCUGGGUCUUACAGGAGGAUUGGCGCGAGGAGGGAGAAGGAUGGGGAUGUCCGGAGCCUCGCCGGGGAUAGAAAAGGAGGAGGAGGAUGGAACUCACCUGCGCCGCCGUUGGAGCUCCUGAAUCGCGCCGCCGCCUGCGCUUCUUUCUUUUCCUCGAGCGGGGGCAAAGGGGUAUGUUUGGCAGGGAGGGGCUCUGGCUAGUGAAUGUCAAGGCACUAUCGAGGAGCAUGGAGGCUUCGAAUAUUCAGGCUGGUUUCCAAUCGCGAAUACCACAUCCAUCUGAAGAGGAGCGAUAUUCGGGUCAGACCAAUGCCAAUAUCCAAUAUUGAGGCCUAAUAUCAACUUCCAAACGAGGUAUAUAAAGGAAAACCUCUGUUAGUUGUUCCUCUCGUGAAAAUCCCCAAAUUACUUUGAGGCACCAAAUCACCAACAUCCUCACACCAUGUCGCGGCACGGCGUCUUGCCCGAGCAAGAGGACAGGAUUGAUCUCUCGCCCGCCACACUUCUCCCCAAGGUGAGAGCUUACGAGAUGGCAGGAGGUGAGCACACCAAAGGAUUAGCUGAGCUCAAGAUUGUGGAAGGGGCAAUCGGGAAUCUGAGCAGGGAGGCAUUGCCAGGGCCGGUGUAUGGGUUCCAGGAGCUAGGUCUGGCGGAAGCACUUCUGCACAACUUGGCGAGGUGUCAGUUCGAGACCCCGACUCCGUUGCAGUGCUACUCGAUCCCGAUGGUGCUGGCCGGCCGGGACCUGUUGGUUUGCGCGCACAAGGGGUCCGGGAAGACGACCGCCUUACUCAUCCCGGUGUUGAGUGGGCUGGUGACGGCGCCGGUAGCAGCAGCAAGAACAAAACCACGCGCGCUCUUGCUCGUGCCUACCGCCAGGCUUGCAAAACAGAUUGGUGCUGAUAUCAGGAAAUUCUCUUACCGAACUGGAAUAAGAGUUCAUUCAAAGAUGAAAGGGAAGAUGCAGAAAUGUCAGCUUGAAGCGAGCAUUGAUAUAGUUGUUUCUACACCCCUACGUCUUAUCAACAUGGUUAGAACCUCUCAAGUCUCCCUUGAGGCAGUAAAGUAUCUGGUCAUAUGCGAGCUUGGUUUGAUGCUGGAUAUGGGGUUUGAAAAAAUGUUAAGGAAGAUAGUUGAUGACAUGCAUAUUCCACCGAAAUCUGCCAGACAUACUUUACUUUCCAGUGGUACUUUCCAACCAGCAGUACAGAAACUGGCUUGGGAUUUCUUGUCAGAUUACUUAUUUAUCACCGAUGGGAGGUUGGAGUUCAGUAUUGGCCUAACUAAGCAGAAAAUUGAGCUUGCCUCUGAAGCAGAGAAAAGAGGCCUCCUGCUAAAUCUGUUACAGAAGCAAUCCGUCUCUUCUGCCGGCAUGAGCCAACUCAUAACAGUAGUUUUUGUCGAGACAAAAGGAAAGGCUGAUUCAUUGAAGAAUUGGCUAUGCAAUGAAGGUUUUCCUGCAACAGUGAUCUUUGCUGACAGUUCACAGCAGGAGAGAGAGAGCACAUCGCUACCUUUCCAGAUUAGCGGCAUUUCUAUCCUGAUUGCUGCCAAUGCAGCCUCACCAGGCUUGGACGUUGCAAAUGUUGAUCAUUUGAUUAACUAUGAUCUUCCAAAGUCUGUUGAGGAAUAUGUUGAGAGGAUUAGAACAUUUGGGAGAGUUGGUUCUGCCACUUCCUUCUUCACUGAGUCCAACCGGUCCAUAGCAAAAGGCUUGCUGGAAUUGAUGAUUGAGGCAAAUGUAGAAGUGCCACAUUGGCUGUUGGACUAUGCUAAUCCUGAUUAUACUUGUAGAUCUGUGGAAUUGGACUCAAAAGAUGAGGAGAAUGAUAAGUACAGAUAUGAUUUAGCUCGGUCUCUCGCCUCACGCAAGAUUGAUAACAUAUACGAUCUGGCAGGUGUUUGGGCUGAAUUAAAUUGCAGGAGAAAUAAGCAAAGCUUUGAUGAUAGUAGGAUCACGACAAUGUCUAAAGAUUGUUGUAUUGCAUUUACACAACAAGAAGAAUACAAGUUCCUCAAGUUCUAUUUCGUCAAGGUUACUCAGCAUUGUUAUAGCCCUGAAAGUUAUGGAAAAACCUAUUGGCAUUACAAUUUCAUUGCCAAGAUUAAGAGUAAAUCAGGAAUCUGGACUGAAGGUAUCUACUUUGCUGAAAGAAAAUUAGAAUGUGGUGUGGAGACAUUUUGUUGCUGUUUCCUGGAGCCGUCAGACAAUGGUGAGUGCUAUGGAUGUCAACAUGGGAAGGUGAAGGUUCGGCAUCCAACUAGAGGUGACUAUGAGAGAGGAACACCUGAUCAUGUUUGGCUUUCCGAUGGUGACUGUGAAAUUAGUGAUGAUGAUAUGGUGGACUUCUAAACUUGUGUAACAUUGCAUUUUCAAUUUGUGUACUGAAACACCAUACUUGUUGCGUGAGUAGGCAUUAACCUUUUACCACUUGUACUAAGGUUAAUUCCUCUCAAUGAGAGUACAAUGACAUGUUUCCAUUUU